UUGUACAGAUUUCAUCUAUUUGUGUUCGUGUGGUGCUAUUUCAUCAAUUUGGGCUUAAUUUUGGAGACUUUUCUCUCUCUCUCUCUAUGUAUAUAGAGAUAUAAGAAAUCUGUAUGCACAUGACAAUGUGGUCAGAGAAGGAGCUUCUAUAGUUCUAUUAGUAAUCGUACUCCUAUUGCAAAAAAAUAAUAUAUUUUUUUUUUGCUUUUUUUCUGGCGUAUUCUUCAGUGAAAUACACUUGUGGAUCAUUUAGUUGACUACUCUCGCAUUGCGUAUGAAGACCGUGGACAGUUUGCCUUGGCCCUUGGCUAUCCUUCGCUUCACAUCGAUGACCCUAGCAUUUGGUUUCUCUCGCUUUCUCAACCUGCGUGUAAAUUCUUCAAUAAAUCCAAUCCUUAGUCUCUGGCUCGCUUCCUGUUCCUGUUCGUCCUCCACUGCCUCCGUCUCGGAGCUACCGGAGAUCGCUGGGGGCCCAGAGACCAUCAGGGAAGGGCGUGCGGAGAUAUUCACGGAUAAGUCCAAUUCGGUCUUCUACAACAAGGCUCAGGUUAACAAUAGAGAUCUUUCUGUUGCUGUAUUGAGAUGGUUUAUUUUGAAAAGGCAGGAGGAACAUGAUAUCAAAUUAAAAGCCAGGCAUACUGAAAUACCGCCAGAGCAGCAUGCCAAUGAAUUAGAUCCUGCUAUCACAGGAUCUGAAGACACUGCAUUGAGAGAGGAAUCGAGCCCUAAACCACCUAAAGUUCUUGAGGCUUUGGCUGCAUCUGGGUUAAGAGCUAUCCGAUACGCCCUUGAGGUAGAUGGAAUUGGGGAAGUUAUAGCUGUUGACAAUAAUGAAGUGGCUAUAGAAGCCUGUAAGAAAAAUAUCUACCACAAUGGUAUUCUUGCAUCUUCGAAGGUGGUGCCACAUCUUGCUGACGCUCGCAUUUACAUGCUCACUCACCCAAAAGAAUUUGAUGUGGUUGAUCUUGAUCCUUAUGGAUCACCAGCUGCAUUCCUUGAUUCAGCAGUUCAAUGUGUUGCAGAUGGUGGUAUCUUGAUGUGCUCAGCUACAGACAUGGCAGUGCUUGCUGGGGGCAAUGCAGAAGUUUGUUUUUCCAAGUAUGGUUCUUAUCCAGUAAGAGGCAAAUACUGUCAUGAGAUGGCCUUGAGGAUUCUUCUUGCCUGCAUUGAGUCACAUGCGAUCCGCCACAAGCGCUAUAUAGUUCCUGUCAUAUCAGUGCACAUGGAUUUCUACAUCAGGGUUUUUGUGCGAAUCUUCACAUCCGCUAGCACAGUGAAAAUCUCACCUCUCAAAUUUUCACAUGUAUAUCAAUGUGUUGGAUGCAGUUCAUUUCACUUGCAAAAUGUUGGGAGAAUAAACCUAAAGGAUAAGAGGAAUAUUGCUCUACCAAAUUUUUGCCCUACUGUGCCUCAAGAGUGUUCUGAGUGUGCCCACAAAUUUGUUAUGGGGGGGCCUAUAUGGAGUGAUCCAAUACAUCAAAAGGAAUGGGCCGCUUCCAUCUUAUCAAAUAUCCGAGCAAUGAGUGGUGUAUUUCAAGCCUAUGCAAAAAUUUCAGCUAUACUAACAUCAAUAUCAGAGGAAUUGCCCAAUGCACCUUUAUUCGUCAGUCUUCACAGUUUAUCUGCAACAUUGAAGUGCACCAAUCCAACCAUGGUUAUGUUUCAUUCAUCUAUAAGAAAUGCUGGGUAUCAAAUAUCAGGUAGCCAUGUGGAUCCACUAGCUCUGAAAACAGAUGCCCCAAUGUCUGUAAUCUGGGACAUCAUGCGAUGUUGGGUAAAGCUUCACCCAGUGAAAUCUCAACCUGAAAAUUGUCCAGGUAGCAGGAUACUUUCCCAAGAGCCUCAAUUGCAGGCAUCGUUUUCUCAAGUAACUGGAGGUUUAGUUGCACGAAAGAGUCCAAGAUUUGUACCUAAUCCCGAAAAAUACUGGGGUCCUAAGAUGAAGGCUGGCAGACCACUAAAGACACUUCCCAAUGAGAAGUUAUAAAUCUGUGGCCAUUGAUUCAUUCGAAGCUGGAGAUGUGUUCUUAUUCUGAAAUUGAGCAUAGACAGAGUUUCUGCAGAGCUCUACAGCCCUAUUCUUUGUAGUCUACUAGUCUGAGUUGUAUGCCAGUUUGGAAUUUGUCAAGUACUUGUAACUUAAGAAAACCUGGCAGUAGCGUCACGCAAAGAAAGAACUA